AACAUACGUUAUGUGGCGCUCACCACUCUUCUCAAGACCGUAUCCGCCGAUUACAACGCAGUGCAGAGACACCGGACAACGAUCGUCGAGUGUCUCAAAGACCCCGACGUCUCGAUCCGCAAGAAGGCCAUGGAAUUGUGUUUCGCUUUAAUUAAUUCAAAUAACAUCCGAACGAUGUCUAAAGAGUUGAUCCUUUUCCUCGAAAAGGCUGACCCGGAGUUCAAAUCGAUUUGUUCGUCAAACUUAUGCAUUAGUGCCGAGAAGUACUCUCCCGGCCAUAAGUGGCACAUCGACACAGUCAUCAAAAUACUAACCACGGCUGGAAAUUAUAUUCGAGACGAUGUGGUCGGAAGUCUUAUAGAAUUAAUAUCAAUGACUAAUUCAUUGCAUAGUUAUGCCGUCCAACAGCUAUACAAACAAUUAAACGGAGAUUUAGAGUCAAAGCAGCCUAUGAUUCAGGUGGCGAUGUGGGCGUUGGGAGAGUUCGCC